GCAAAUCUUUUUGGCAUCCACAUCGAUAUUUGUGUGAACGGCAGUGACUGAUGGCCCGCUUCCUUGCUUCGGCGUUGUGCCUGAUCGCGGCGAUCCUGCCUUCGCCUGCUUAUGCGGGUGGAGGUGCUGAAGUGCUCACUGAAGACACGUUUGACGCUCGCACGUCCAGCGGUGGUGUGUGGCUCGUCAAGUUCUACGCCCCGUGGUGCGGCCAUUGCAAAUCUCUUGCCCCUGUCUUCGACAAGCUGACAUCGGAUGAAGCUCUAAAGGGAAAGGAUGUCCACAUUGGCAAAGUCGACUGCACCGUCGAAAAGACCGUUUGCCAACGCUUCGACGUCAAAUCGUACCCGACACUGAAAGUCGUGACGGAAAAACUUUCGUUUGACUAUGUUGGACAGCGUGACCGUAGUGCGAUGGUGGAGUUUGCCCUUGGAGGGUACAAGUCGUCCCUUGGCGAGGACGUCUUGACUCUUGCGCAAUUCCAGGAAAAAACCAAGCGAGAGGAGCAGGAGCUCAUUGACGCCGAAAAGGCCAGCAUGGUCGUCACGUUGUCUUCCACGUCGUUCGACGAACACGUCCAUGAAAAGUCGGCGCCGUGGUUGCUUAAGUUUUACGCUCCAUGGUGCGGUCACUGCAAGCGCCUGGCUCCCGUGUGGGAUAAACUCAGCGCUGAAUUGAACGCAAAGAAUGAUCCAACGCGCGUUGGCAAGAUCGAUUGCACAAAAUAUCGUCGAGUGUGCUCACGCUUCAGCGUCAAUGGCUACCCGAGCUUGUUUUACGUUCGCGAUGGCCAAGUGUAUCCUUACGAAGGCGCGCGAUCCCUGGAAGGCUUCCACGAGUUUGUCUCGUCGGGGUACAAGAAGGUCGAGUCGACUGGUGGCAUCCCCAACGAGUCGUUUGUGGGUCAAUUCGUCGACACACUCUUGGAAUGGGCAGUCGAACACACGAUCUGGGCUGUUUUGGCAGGAAUCCUCGUCCUAGCGUUGAUCGUGGCGCUCCUUGUCGCCCUGCUCGACUACUGCAUGGGCGAUGAAGAGUACCAAGUGCCCCGCGAGCGGCUCCACGAAGCCGAAGAGCUCCUGCACCGCGCGAAUGCCGACCAGAAGAAGGUCGACGGGAAAAACAAAACCGACUAAUGGCGGCAUUUCCAUCGGUCUGCUCGAUUUCGCUCUAUGGUUGAAUGCUGAAGCACGCGAGAACGAUUGCUUGAUUCGUUCUGAGUCUGGAAUUCAACGCAGAUGGACAAUGUGCAUCCGGUGGUGCUUAAACCGAUCGAUCGUAGAGAGCGGGGGAGGAGUUGGGGCUGGCUGACGCCAUCAGCGUCGCAGGUUUGGGUUGCAAACCCGUCACAACAUGUACCGUGCGUAGUCCAUUGUGGUAUGCAGCGAGGAGGGCUCUCAUGUUAGAUGCACCGAUGAAGGCACAAGUCCGUGGGCACAUGGAUAAUGAUGAGGGGAAUCACGAGUGCGAAAAGGAGUCGGCUCAGCUGGAGGGGCUCUGGUGGUGGGGAACUCGCGGGUUGUCGUGUGCUUUGUAGUGACGGGAUGUCAUGCUCGUGGUGGGACCAAACACGUCGUGGGGGCACGGCGGACUUGGAGUGAGAGCUGUAGUUCGCUGCUAGCUUUUGUCAAACAUCCGCGACGCGGUGGAAAACGACUUGGGUGCGGCAUGCAGCUCCUUCCCUCGCUGACGGAUAGCGCUGACACGGACGAAAGAGCCUUCGCCUUAGACUAGCAUGCAGAUCGAUGCCUUGCUGUGCAUGCGAAAGCCAUGGUCGCGGAACGUGCCGUACGACCCUUCGUUUGAGGCCGCUGGUCCUACGAGCCCCCCGCAGCGCCCAGCGAGCCGAUCACGUCUUAGCUCACGCUACGAAGCGCCUCUUGUAGUCGUCAGACAGAGGGUCUUGGCUGUCUCCGUACAGCUACAA